CUAUCUUUCGGAUUAUAAUAAAUUAAUAAUCUUCUCCUUUAUCGAUGACUCUGUAAUGAAAAGGACUGCAACAAUGGAUCAAAAGCUUACUUACGAAUCAGCCAUUAAAAAAGCUCAAUUGGUGGAGAGAAAUCCACAAUUUCAAAUAGAUCCGCUGCGUGUUUCUAUGCAUGAUGAAACUGAUAUUAUCCACUUAGCUCAACAAAUACAACUAGCUGAUAAACAGCUAAAGAAUAGCACAAGUCAAAAAUUAGUUGUUAUUCUGGAUCAGAUUAAAAUGCUGCAAGCGCAGGCUAUGAACAUACUUCAGGAAUCUAACGAGAGUCAAGCUCUUCACAGUGCCGCAUGUAAUUUUACUAAAAAGCCUGGUCAUAUCUAUCAUCUGUAUCAAAGGUCAACAGGCCAAAACUAUUUUAGCAUGCUGUCGCCAGAGGAAUGGAAUCAUUCGGUAGACCAGACUUUUAAGGGCAGUUACAGACUCGAGUUUGAUUUAAGCUGGACACCAGUAGAUAAAAUAAGAGAGCGUGAUGAUAAACUCAAAUGGGUGGAGCAAUGUAUGAAGAGUGGAUGUGGCACAACAGCAGCUAUCGAUUUUAACAUGGCAACUAAUUAAGACUUUUAUUUUAUGUUACAAAUAAAUUGUGUCUGCUAAAAG